CUCACACUCUUUUCUUCCCUCCGCCGGUUCCAAACAAAUCCACAGAGCCUCACUGCAAAGACCACCCCUUUCAGCAAAACCCACGUUUUUAAUUCCUUGUGUGUAACUGUGUAUAUGUUUAUACUAAGAACAUGCAUUUACGGAUAAUGAAUUGAAAUCCUCCGUAGUGCACGCAAAUGCCGCCGCUUUCGAGGUUAUAUCGCGUCUGCUUCUUCUUCCUCUCUGUUUUUGCGAUCCUUCAUCUUCCUUUCUCUGUUUCUGGUUUGAAUCAAGAAGGACGUUACCUCCAAAGACUGAAGCUUUUCCUCUCCGACCCAAACGACGCCUUUUCUUCAUGGUCCGAUCGUGAUCCUACCCCGUGUAGCUGGGCCGGAGUUGAAUGCGACUGCAGCGGUGCCGUCGUCGCCGUCACUCUCUCCGGGUAUUCUCUCGCCGGCCCCUUCCCGUAACCUCAUCAGCCUUGACUUGUCGCAGAAUCUCAUUGGCGGACCCAUCCCGGAUACCCUCUCCGACCUCCACUUUCUCAGGCAUCUUGACAUCGGUUACUGCAGCUUUUCCGGUCAAAUCCCGGCGACGUUCGGAAGAUUUCGGUCAUUGGAGACACUUGUUUUAUCCGACAAUGAGUUGAACGGAAUAGUUCCGGUCAUUCUGGGUAACAUAACGAGUCUGAAGAGGAUUGAACUCGCUUACAACCAAUUUUCGCCGAGUCAGUUUCCGGCAGAACUCGGCAACUUGACGAAUCUUGAAUACCUAUGGCUGGGCGGGUGUAAUCUUGUGGGUCCGAUUCCAGAGAGCAUUGGAAGGCUGAGUCGACUCACUAAUUUCGACGUGUCUAACAAUCGACUCACUGGGUUGAUACCCAGCACGAUUUCCCAAAUGAAGAGCAUCGUUCAAAUUGAGCUGUUUAAUAAUUCUCUCACAGGAGAACUGCCGGCGCGGUGGUCAAACCUGACCCAGUUGCGGCGGAUUGACGCUUCGAUGAACAGUUUAACAGGUACGAUUCCGAGGGAGUUAUGCGAGUUGCCCCUCGAAUCGCUGAGUCUAUUCCAAAAUCAACUCGAGGGUUCAGUGCCAGAGAGCAUCGCUAAUUCUUCAAAUUUAAAGGAGCUGAAACUGUUUCACAACCGUUUCAUUGGGCCAUUACCGAGCCAACUCGGAUUGAACUCGGCGUUGAGUUUACUGGACGUCUCUUACAACAACUUCUCCGGGACGGUCCCAGAAGGGCUGUGCGACGGGGGAUCUUUAAGCGUGCUCAUACUGAUGAACAACACUUUUUCAGGGAAUAUUCCGGUGAAUCUCCGCCGGUGCCUGACUUUGAAACGGAUUCGGUUUCGGUUUAACCAGCUUUUCGGGGAAGUGCUCGCGGAGUUAUUCGGGUUGCCCCUUGUAUACCUCUUAGACUUGAGUGACAAUGAUUUUUCUGGAAAUAUAUCAACGAUGAUAUCUGCAGCGAAGAGUUUAGAGAGCCUUCAAAUUUCCAGAAAUAGAUUCUCAAGCUUCAUUCCCAUCGAAAUCGGAACCUUGGCGAAAUUAGGUCAAUUUUCUGCCAGUCAAAAUGAACUUCAAGGAGAAAUUCCAUCUACUUUGAUGAACAUGAAGCAACUGUUUUCCGUUGAUCUUAGUAACAACAACCUCUCGGGGAAAAUCCCGAAUGGAAUCCAGUCAAUGGUGCAGCUAAUUGAGCUUAAUCUAGCCAACAAUCAAUUAUCUGGUGAACUUCCGUAUGGAAUUGGAAACUUACCAGUUCUGAAUUAUCUCGACCUUUCUGGAAAUCAAUUCUCAGGAAUAAUCCUGUCGAGUUUCGAAAAUCUGAAGCUUAACACGUUUAAUCUUUCGAAUAAUCGCCUCUCAGGGGAAAUCCCUCCUCUCUUUGACAAAAGCAUCUACUGGGACAGCUUUCUGGGGAAUCCUGCUUUAUGUCGCGGUUUAUGCUCUUCCAUGACUAAACAAAAACAUGAAGGUCAUACAUGGCUGAUGAGAGCCAUUUAUGCAAUGAUAGUAGUUGUUUUCCUUCUCGGAUUAGUCUGUUUCAUAUAUAAACACUUGAAAUUUAAUGCAGCAAAACGGUCUGGUGCGCCAUUAUCCAAAUGGACUUUUUUCUACAGAAUCAGUUUAAAUGAAUGUGAGAUUCUCAAAUGUCUAGAAGAUUCAAAUGUGAUCGGAAACGGGGCUUCUGGAAAAGUCUAUAAGGUGAGUCUAAGCAACGGAGAAAUAGUUGCUGUGAAGAAGUUAAGGAACAAAGACGAGUUUGACAUUGAAGUUGAAACGUUGGGGAAAAUCAGGCAUAACAACAUUGUGAAGUUAUGGUGUUGCUGUGAUGCAGGAGACUGCAACUCAUUGGUCUAUGAGUACAUGCCAAGAGGAAGCCUGUGAGAUUUGCUGCACUGGCCAACCAGGUUCAAGGUUGUCUGUGAUGCUGCCGAUGGUCUAUCCUACCUACACCAUGAUUGUCUGCCACCUAUAGUUCACCGGGAUAUCAAGUCUAACAACAUAUUGCUGAACGAUGACUUUGGAGCGAAGAUUUCAGAUUUCGAUGUAGCAAAAGUAGUUCGGUGUGCCGAGUCCAUGUCUGUCAUUGCUGGUUCUUAUGGUUACAUUGCUCCAGAAUAUGCAUAUACUUUACAUGUGAACGAGAAGAGCGACAUUUACAGUUUCGGAGUUGUGAUGCUGGAGCUGGUGACUGGAAGAAGGGCUGUUGAGGCUGCGUUUGGGGAGAAAGAUUUGGUAAGCUGGGUUACCUCAAACGUGAACAACAAUGGACUUGACAAAGUGAUCGACCCAAACAUGGAUUCUUGUUUCAAAGAACAUAUAUGCAAGGUUCUUGAUAUUGCUCUUUUAUGCGUUAGCACUGUUCCGCUCAACCGUCCUUCAAUGCGCAAUGUGGUUAAACUCCUCCGAGAAUCACAUGGAAAUCUUUACCCAAUGGUUAGGAAGAAUUGACUCGAGUCUCUGUUGAUAAGUAGGUAUAAAAGGUUAAGGUCACAAUUUUCAGAAUUAGCUAUUGCAUUCUUCUUGUAAGCUGCAUUCCUAACCUUGUUUUAAAUUUCUUUUGCGGGUUUGGCAGAGCAAUCUAGACAAGUCAAAGUACUGGGAUUAUUUGUUAAAAUAAUGCAUUCAAUAUAUUUGUUUAUCCAAUAUUAUAA